UAGAUUGUAUAAUAAUGAUGUUAUAAGUGUUUUCCAAUAAUGCGUGCAAUUUUGCUGUUGGGUUUAGGGUUGGUGGCUUUAGUCGCAGGACGGGACGUUCCUGUGACGCCACAGCUGAAUUACCACGAAUCUGUGGGUAUUCCCCUGGCCCAGAGUAUUAAGGAAGCUGAAGAUGCUAUACAUGAUCCCGUGAAAUCAGCCCAGGAUGCUACUGACGACAACCACAGGAUCGUUGGUGGUGUUAUCGCCCCCGCCAACGCACAUCCUCAUUUGGCCGGCUUAGUGAUCAGUCUGGUCGGCAUCGCCGGCAACUCGGUCUGUGGAUCCUCGUUGCUCACCACCAACCGGCUGGUGACCGCAGCGCACUGCUGGACACAUGGCACCAUGCAGGCUUGGCAGUUCACGGUCGUGUUGGGCUCCCAGUUCCUCUUCUACGGAGGCACCCGCAUCGCCACCUCACAAGUCAUCGUGCAUCCUCAAUACGUUUCUCAGUUCCUGAUGAACGAUGUGGCGAUGAUCUACCUUCCAACCCAUGUCACCUUCUCCGUGAGCGUUCAACCGGUAGCGCUUCCCUCCGGCACGCAGCUUUGGGACACUUUCGCCGGCCAAUGGGCCACCGCUGCAGGCUACGGCAAAACUAGCGACCAGCAAGCCGGCGUAUCAACAUCGACGCAGAUCAGCCAAGUGACGGUACAAGUGAUCACCUUCGCGGACUGUCUGCGGGUGUUCGGCUCCAGCUUCGUGUACGACAGCACCUUGUGCACCAGCGGCACGGGCCUCGUCGGCGUCUGCGGCGGAGACUCCGGUGGACCACUCCACAUCUUCCAGAACGGACAACGAGUUUUGAUCGGCAUCAGUUCGUUCGUGGCCGGCACUGGUUGCCAGCUCGGUCACCCCUCAGGGUUCGCCAGGGUCACCAGCUUCUACGGCUUCAUCACCCAGCAUCUCUAGACUGACCAAUAUCUCACUUAGGAUGGCAAUUCACGACAAGUACCUACUGAAAAAUAAAGUUUUUUUUUACAAAA